AUGACCUGGUCGUACAUCGGACGCCCUGCCAUCGCCAUCAAUGUCCGGCCUCUUGCUGCUCGGCUGCUAGCCGCCGGAUGCGUAUGGGGCUCCCCAUCGCUUGCCAGCACACACACGGCCACGGCCCUGCCAUUCCCGGUGGACUUUGAGGACGUCAUAGCUGAGCCGGUGGGAACGUACAGCUUCGACAGCGUCUGGAAAACCAGCUACACCACCUUCACCGUCAGCAAGUACUGGUGCUACCGGCUGCUCUCGGCCAUCCUGGGCAUCCCCCUGGCCGUGCUCUGGGGCUUCCUCUUCGCCCUCAUCUCCUUCUGCCACAUCUGGGCCGUGGUGCCCUGCAUCAAGAGCUACCUGAUCGAGAUCCAGUGCGUGGGCAGGAUUUACUCCCUCUGCAUCCACACCUUCUGUGACCCCCUCUUCGAGGCGCUCGCCAGGAUCUGCAGCAACAUAAAGGUUUCUCUCCGUAAGGAAACCUAGGUCCCCGGGCGGAG